UGGGUCCUGAAGUGUCCCAAAUAUAGCAAAGAGAACAACAUUUGCCAAUAGGAAAGCAAUGCAAUCUCACCUUAUCCACACGCCAACCACAAUCUUUAAUUACACCUUUUCCUCCUUACAACUUAAGUUGACUUCAUUUUUCUCAUCAUCUUUGGACUCUGAUACACAUUACAGAUCAAAACUACCAAUUCAAUUCACAUGGCUGCCAUGAACUCAAGUGUAUUGGCUUGUAGCUAUGCCUUAUCUGGUUCUUCUGAGCUCAAUGCAAAGCUCAUUUCCAUGCCUUCUGUUGCAUCACCUGUAGGGGUUUCAGGUUCCAAGUUGCCAGUGAUCAAAGCUCAGCAAGUGAGAGUUCCUGAAGCCAAAGAAUCAAGAAGUGAUGGAAGGAGAAAUGCUAUUGCUUUAUUGGCAGCUACCCUUUUCACCACUGCUGUUUCAGCUUCCAAUUCAUCUGCUAAUGCUAGUGUUUUUGAUGAAUACCUUGAAAAGAGCAAGGCCAACAAGGAAUUGAAUGACAAGAAAAGAUUAGCUACUAGUGGAGCAAACUUUGCAAGAGCAUACACAGUGCAAUUUGGUACUUGCAAGUUCCCUGAGAAUUUCACUGGUUGUCAAGAUCUUGCCAAACAGAAGAAAGUACCAUUCAUUUCUGAAGAUUUGGAACUUGAAUGUGAAGGAAAGGACAAAUACAAGUGUGGUUCUAAUGUUUUCUGGAAAUGGUGAAAAAUGACAACAUUUUCUUUGCCUAGUGUUGUUCUCUUUGAAAUGUAUUGAACUUCUCCUUGAUAAUAUACCACAUUUCUCUGUA